CAGUCAGGCAGGGAAAGCGCUGAGCUAUAUACGGACUGAUCUGCCGGGUCAGUUGUCGGGGAAUAUAAGCCAUGCUGCGUGCUCUGGUGGUGCUGGUGGCGCUGGUGCUGGCGGUGGUGACCGUCGGCUGGGGAGGCCCGAGCCCAGGACGCCGCCGAACCACCACCACCACCACGGCGGCCACGACCACCACCACACAGGACACGGCCGCCCAGUUCCGCGCUGCUGUCGACGCGUGGAGCGCCAGACAGCUGCGCCGACGCGGCUGAGCUGCACCGGCCUCACACGCCACGCAGGCAAUCCUUGAUUGGAUUUGUACGUCUUAUGCUGAUGAUAAAUGAAAGAAGGGUUCCUAGGUAUUGUUCGUCCUGCCUAUGCAUUACCAAAAGCAUGUGUACUGAAUUCGUAAAAAAAAAAUAAACGGAACAUCAGGAAGAGGCCGGUAUGUGUUUUAAAAGGAAACUUUGAAAAAUGUACGUCAUAAAUGCCACACAUUUUCCUUCGCAACUGAACUACAAUUGGCAAUAAAAUUAGCUGUCAAGUUAACCCGUACCGGUGGUCUGAACUUUCCGCCGAGUGCAGGGAGGGGGGGGGGGGCUAACUCGGCUCCUGGGCCAAAAAAAAAAACAUUAACCACAAAUAGGUACCUGAUCAGCCUUAAAACAUUUCAAAACAUCUUGUAAAUCAGUACGCAUACGUUCGAAAAAAGUGAGAAGUUUAUGGUCAACUUUGAGCAUCACCUUGACCUUGACCUUUGAUUCUGAGCACAUCUUCGGAAUUACUGGUUCUCGUCUUUCGUUUUACACCCAUUGUAGCCGGUUUUGUGCAUUCUGCUGUGCUCUAGAACGCUUAUUUUGAGAUCACUACACAUUUGCCGGUUUUUGCCUUUGACUUUGACCUCUGACCUUGAAAAUCGAUCUGAGGUCAACAAUUUUAAGUGCGUUUGAAUCGUCUCGUAGAGGCCUCUUGUUAAGUACCGCUUUUGUUUCCGUAGUUCCCUUAUUUACUGAGUUAGACAGGAGGGGGAAUCCGAAGCACCGCAGCCCGGGGAGGGCUGCGGUGGUUGGGAUCCCCCCCCCCCCCGGCCCGGCCGUGUUAAACACUACCUAAAAACUGAAGGAGAGCUUAUGUGCAUAGCGCCGGAACUGCGACCGCAGGGUUCGGCAGCGAGGAGGGGAGCCCGGGGAGGGGAUGGAGGGCCGGCAGAGGGCCACUCGCUCCGACUGGGGCGGUCCACGGUGGAAAACCCUCCCCUCCCCUCCGUUUUCCGCCACAUAUUCAGCCAGUGCUGGUGACUCGGACACAUAUAUAUGCCGCCGCAGGCCUGUCAGAGGGCACAUAUCACUCACAGCGCCCUGUCGGUCACAGCACAGCAUUCAGCUGCGCACUGUAGCACCUUCUCCAAAUACCCGUCACAGUCAGAGCCAUGUCCCGUCGCGGCGUUCUGGUGUUGGUGCUUCUGGCGGCCGUGGCCGUCACCUGGGCCAGUCCGCAGUGGAGGAGUCACAGCCGCUUCCAGUCGUCACGUCCCAACUAUGGCCGGGCGGCGGUCAACGCGGCCACCCAGGCGGCCGGCAGCCGGUACGGCCUGGGCGGCAGCUGGAGUCCCAAGGCGGGAGGCGUGCGCGUCUGGCAGUCCCGCAACGGCCGCGCCGGCCUCGGCCUGGGCUUCAGUACCGACGGCAGGCGCAACCACGGCGUCGGCCUCGGCUUCAAGCUCAAGUUCUGAGCGGCCACCAGCCGCCAGUCAGGGACCUGCAGACAUCCAGGCUCAGGGAGGGGAGGUAAACGUGCAUCAACCGUGCGCUCUUGUAAGAAAUCGACGGGAUUGACGACCCACGCAGCACAGAGUUCUAGUUGUGGCGGUGAUGUGUGCUGCAUCCUAUUGUUACCUGUUAUCGCUCUGAUGGAGGGAAAAUGAUAACAAUAAACUUAUACAAUCGUG